AUGCACAGCGGACACGUAGAGGGGGACCAUCUUCGUCAGAUUCUAGUAUCAUCAGUAGAGUUUGAGGUAAAGAACUUGAACAUUGAAGUAAAUGAAUGGACAGAAAAGAUUCAAGACCUUGCUCAAACCCUUUCCCAGCCUUACAAACAGCACGAUUCUUCCGGCUCUACUUACGUUCGUUGGGGUCGACGUUCAUGUCCCUCUUCCAGCAAAAUUAUGUACGAAGGCUUCGUGACCGAAAGCUAUCAUGGUCACUACGGAAGUGGCGCCAAUUACUAUAUUUGCCUGCCCAGCGAACCUUUGUGGGGAACGUAUGACGAUACGGUUUCAAACCUUUCACUUAUUUACGGUGCAGAAUUCGUAACGAGCGAAUCCCCAGUGUUUCAACAUCUUCACAAUCACGAGGUCCCGUGCGUCGUAUGCCACGUUGUCACCAGCAACAUUCUCAUGAUUCCCGUAAGGAACGCCUGCUACCCUGGAUGGACACAGGAGUACGCCGGAUACCUGACGGCAACCAGUCGAACAAGGAUUUUAUUUGUGUUGACGGCGAGGCCGAGAAAACCAAUUGCAGUAGCCCAGUAA